AUGCCCCUAGGCCGAAAACAGAGACGUAUUCUGUCAGACUGCACCGCGAACCGAUCACGCUUGAAAGUGAGCACAUGCGGUAGAAAAACCAAACUUAAAACCAAAGGCGUCCACUGGACGGCGGCAAUCAACUUUAUCGCAAACAAGGAAAUAGAGGCUCGGUUUGGCAGAAGCGCGCCGUGUCAGAGGAGAGAGAGACGGCGUCAUCGGACAGGCGGAAAACAGAUACUGUUAAGAAGUCCCCAAGGUGAUUGCAAGAAUGGAAGAAGUCCCCAGCCAAUCCACAUUCACGGUGGACCAUCCAGGACUACAGCCUGUGUGUCUCCUUUCAAAAUUCGUUAUAGGUACUGUGCCUACAGAUGUCUUGUGUCAUGGCGCUGGGGAUGGCUGUGUCGGAGAGUUCGCGUGGUUCUGCCGUAUUGUGAACACGUCAAGAGUUCCCAGAUGAUGAGGGGCAGUUUGUGGGCUUCAUAAUGGCGCUGGAUUAAAGCGGAAUGUAAAAGCAGAGACGACAGUUGCCUGUCUGGACAUUUGUGCUGAGUGGACAGUGGUGGUGAACUGCGGAUCUGUAGCACCUCCUGGGUCUGGGUCUGGAAACUCCUAUUCGAACAUCAGCUCCCGGAUGUCGUCAACAUAAUCCGCAAUACUAUCUGUUACUUUUUCUUGUUUGUACAUUUUAUUUAUGGUACAGAGGUUUUUUAUUACUACUUUAUAAUUAUUUGUAACGUGUGAUAUUCAUUGUUUUGCACAGCUGUCAUUAAAAUACUGUAGAUAUGGCAGAGUACUGUACAGUGUGUGACGGUAGCCUGUUUUAAUGGGCCUUGUGAUGUUUUCUUUUUUGUUAGACUUUGGAGUAAAACACCAUGUACACGAGCGCUCCAGUUGAUUUUGUAGCACAAAGCCAACAGUGGAUGUACUAACACCAACAUCAGUGCACUGCGGGGUUAUCUGGGUGCCUAUGUAAAAAAAAAAAGAAAAACAAACAUUGAUAUUAGCUUUACCUUACAGUUCUUUUAGCCUGGGGUCUGCACUCUGGGGUCUAUAAUUCACAUAAAAACACAAAGGCUAACAUGAACCUCUUUAUAAUAUCUGCAUAUAAUAUACAUGUUUACAUAACUACUCCUGAAAUGAGACUGGAGGGUUUGGAUAUAGAACUGUGUCCCAGUUGUGCAUGUUGUUAUUUCUGUCUGGCAGCCUGUUGUAUCAAACCAUGGCUGGUGCAGUGAAGUCCCCUAAACAAUGACAUGUAAAUUGUACAAUAUAUAAUCAAUAAGCAACAUUCACUUAGUAGCCAUUAGGUAUUCUGUUUUAAAGUAAGACAUGUUUGUUAUCCUCUACAUUGAAUAUUAUUCACUUCUUCAUUGUGACAUCAAAACGGUGGAAUAAACCGAGCGCCGUCUCUCUAUGCUAUUAUGACUGCACGCUAAACGCAACU